AUGAUGAGCUGCGUGGCGAACCUUGCGCCCGACCAGUCUCCGGGUGUUGACGAGGGCGAGGACCGACUUCGUGGGAAGGAGGGCCCACGAAAUGCAGCCCCGGCAGCAGGCUCUUCCGAGGGUCUGCGGGAAGAGAUGGUCAGCCAACUCCUGGAGGAAGCCAAAACCUCCGGCUCCGAGGAUGCUGGAAGGCUUCCAGAAGCUCCAGACCCGCAGCCGCCGCAGGAGCCUCCAAAGAAGGAGCCCCAAGCAGAGGUGGCACCCGAGGCUUUGUGUCUGCUGGACCGGGCGGCAGCUCUGGAGGCCGACGGGUCCCAGCCCGUGGCAGCACACUAUCUUCGGAUACAUGCGCUGGAGAUGCUGCUCACGGCGAAGCAGCGUGGCCAGACAAAUGCCGAGUCCGACAAGCUGCUCUUCGCCACCUUCGAGAAGGCAGAGGAAGCCAAAGCGAAGCUGGACCUUUCGAGGGGCGCAGAGCAGCUACGGCAUUUUGCGGUGCAGAACUACGAGCAAGCUGUUUCUGCCGACGGCGGGCCCGCGGAUGCGAAGCAGGCGUGGGAUCUGCUGACCGCUGGCCUUUGCCUUGACGCCUUGGCGCAGUUCGGUGCCGUCGAGCCUGCCCUCAAGGAGAGGGCGCAGUACGCCAAGAGCCGCGCGGAACACCUCCGAAGCUGCUUGCGCCUGCAACGAGCGCCGGAGGCCCCGCAACCACCACAGCAGCCCUUGGCCCCAGCGGCCCCAGCGGCCCCAGCGGCCCCAGCGGCCCCAGCGGCGCAAGCGCCCGUGGUUCCACCGCCGCCUCCGAGGGCUCCUGCCGCACCGGCUGCGCCGGACCCACCCGCAGCCCCCGCAGCCGCACCGAAGGCACAGCCGAAGCCUUCGGCGCCGCCGCCCAGCCGGCCAACCGCCGUCGUCCCACAAGCCCAGCCAGCACCCGUCCCCGCUGCAGGAAGCACGCUUUCGGCGUCCAAGCGACAGGCGGAGGCCCGCAAGAAGGCCGACCAGGCCAUCGCGGCCGUGGCCGCGGGAAGCGACGACAGCGCCCGCGCCCUCAUCCGGGAGGCAAUUGGUCUCCUGCAGGGUCUCUGA